AUGCGCUCGUUGAUCCCUCUUCUACGCUCAGGGCUCCGAGGCUCCAUAGUCUCGCCCCCUAGAGCACUCCUUCCACUACCAGCUUCACAAUGCCAUUCAUAUACUACUUCAACUCAAUUUAAUACCCUUAGAUGCUAUCCCAAAAAGUCUAUUUCAUUUCAUAUUGCUCAAUUGCGCCCCCAAAGCGCUCUGAAACCUUUUCCGGGGUUCUUUACACAGAGCCGUGUCACUUGGAAUAGCUGGGUCCCAAGAGAACAACGUUACCCAUUCUCCACAUCACGAAAAUCGAACUCACCCCAGCAACCAGAUAAUAAGGCCAAGAAACAGGAUAUAACACCGGCAGAAGUUGAAGGUUUUGGACGCUCCGAGAAAGCAACUCGUGCAGCUCAAGUUAAUCUUUCGGCAAGGCUCAAUAAAGAUGGAUCACCAAACUCAACUAAACCAGGAAUGGGAGAAAUUAUUCGACUCUUAAAAAUUGCCCGUCCAGAGGCGAAAUGGCUUGGAGUUGCCUUUGUCUUUCUAUUGGUUAGCUCUACCAUUACGAUGUCCAUUCCCUUCUCUAUUGGAAAAAUAUUGGAUAUGGCAACAAAGCCUGAAGGAGAAGCUGGAACAUUGUUUGGAUUGGCACUUCCACAAUUUUACAUGGCUCUCGCAGGGGUUUUAAUUAUGGGCGCUGGGGCCAACUAUGCGCGCAUAAUUCUCCUUCGUAUUGUUGGUGAACGUAUUGUUGCCCGUCUUCGGUCUCAACUAUUUCGUCGAACCUACGUCCAGAACGCCGAAUUUUUCGAUGCAAAUCGUGUAGGAGAUUUGAUUUCACGUCUUUCUUCCGACACUGUGGUCGUUGGUAAAAGCAUCACUCAAAAUAUCUCUGAUGGUCUCCGAGCCCUUGUCACUGGUGGUGCUGGCUUAGGAUUAAUGGCAUACGUGAGCUUAAAGUUGACCGCGGUUAUGACUAUCAUGUUCCCCCCAAUCGCUAUCGGCGCUUUCUUUUACGGAAGGAGUAUUCGAAAUUUGAGUAGAAAGAUUCAACGAAAUGUCGGAACCUUGACAAAAAUUGCCGAAGAGCGUCUCGGCAACGUCAGGACGAGUCAAGCAUUUGCUGGGGAGAUCUUGGAAGUUGGGAGGUAUAAUCGCCAAGUUAAAAAGAUCUUCGGGCUCGGAAAACGAGAGGCUUUGAUCAGUGCAACCUUUUUCAGCAGCACAGGAUUGAUCGGAAAUAUGACUAUUCUUGCAAUCCUUUACAUUGGUGGCGAACAGGUGAAGUCAGGUGCGAUUAGCAUCGGUGAAUUGUCUUCGUUUUUGAUGUACACCGCAUACGCUGGGUCAAGUCUUUUUGGACUGUCAAGCUUUUACUCCGAACUCAUGAAAGGGGUGGGCGCUGCUAGCCGUUUGUUUGAGCUGCAAGACAGAAAGCCAUCAAUUUCCCCUACAGCUGGAAAGCCUGUCACAUCGGCCCGUGGAACCAUAAAAUUUGAAGAUAUUGUUUUUAGCUAUCCGACCCGCCCGGCAGUCAAUAUUUUCGACGGAUUGAAUUUUGAAAUUCCUCCGGGUACAAAUGUUGCUAUCGUCGGUUCCUCUGGGGGUGGAAAAUCUACAAUUAGCUCUCUACUUCUCAGAUUUUAUGCACCUGCAUCUGGUUCAAUCAGAAUCAAUGACGUAGACAUUUCGACAUUUAACCUCAAGUCACUACGUCGAAGAAUUGGUGUCGUUGCCCAGGAACCCGUCCUCUUUUCCGGAACGAUUGCCGAAAACAUCGCUUAUGGAAAGCCCAAUGCAACAAGGGCGGAGAUCAUUACUGCUGCAAGGAAGGCAAACUGCCAGUUUAUCUCCGAUUUUCCGGAUGGCCUCGAAACCUCUGUAGGUGCUCGCGGUGCCAUGCUUUCCGGGGGACAGAAGCAGCGCAUUGCUAUUGCUCGAGCUCUUGUUAAAGAUCCCGAUAUUCUCAUUCUCGACGAAGCUACUUCAGCCCUAGAUGCCGAGUCUGAAACCGCUGUAAACGAAGCCUUGACGAAACUCAUGCGUUCGUCCUGUACAACUAUUAGUAUUGCCCAUAGGCUUUCAACUAUCAAGAGAAGCGAUCGAAUCAUUGUGCUGGGUUCUGAUGGACGAGUUGCGGAACAAGGAACGUUCAAGGAACUGAGUUCGAGAGAUGGCCCUUUUAGUAAGCUUAUGGAAUGGCAACUUCACGGAGGGGAAAUCUCUCCAAGACCGCCACACGGUCUACCAAUUGAAGCUGAAGCAUUGAUGGAAGAGGCGGAGGAAACAGAGGAGACGAUAGUUGAAGAUGACGAGGAAGAAUCUCUGAAGGCCAAGGGUUCAUCGGAUAACGAUUCACAUCAACGUUGA